UCUUAAAUUUAUUAAAGAAUAUAGGUUGAUCGUCAUGUAUGUGAUGAUAUUUAUUUCUUAUGCCAUUUCUAUUUUUCAGCAUCAUUCAUAAGGCCACCAGUGUAAUGGAAGUUUUGAUGGAAACUUUGAAUGCCUUGACUCCUAGAUGCCCUGAGGGGGCAGCUGGUGAGUUCAUUCUGGAUCUUGUUGAACAGUGUUCUUUUCAGAAGCAGCGAGUCAUGCAUCUUGUGAUGACCUGCCAUGAUGAGAAAGUGAUUGCUCAAGCAAUUGAAUUGAAUGAGCUGCUUGGUAAAGUUCUUACCCAACAUGAUUCACUUCUCUCUUCUCGAGCCCCCUCUACAACAGGUUUAUUUGUUAAUGAAGAAGCAGAGGAGGAUGAAGAGCUUCUUCUUCGUAGGUACUGUUCUUUUGUAGGAGUCGUCUUGUUUGAUUACCUGCUAAUAUACAAUCUGAGAAAUAUACCACUAAAUGCUCUUGUAACAUUUAUUUAUUGUGCUCAAUAGGCUUUAAUGGGCAAU